AUGAAUACUCAAAAUUUCUUUUAUGAUGAGGAAGUUUCUAAAACAAUUGAUAUGGGACCAGGGAUAGAGUUAGAAAAUCCUUUAAGAGGUGUACUUGAGUUUUAUCCUUUGGAAGGAUUAGAAAUAGAAGAAUAUAUUGAGGAAGAGGUCCCAGAUAUGGAUAGAUUAAAUAUAAACAUUGAAAAUAAUAAUAAUAAUAUUCAGAAUAAUUAUGGUAGUCAAACAUCUGCACGAGCAACUAUGGAAGUUGAGGAAAAAUUAGUUGUUACUAUGGAAGCCAACUCGGAUCUUCAUUGUUCAAGCAGCGGAUCUGAGGUAUCCACUGUAGAAGUGAAGGUUAAGGCUAAAUUGUUUCGUGGUCCGUUGUUGGGAAUUUUUUUCUUAUGUUUGGUAGUUGGGACAUGGACUCCCGCUAUGGCAGCACCAAACAGCAACACCCCAACAACACCCUUAGGGGACUCCAAUUUGGAUACGGAGGACCCAGAAGCAUUUGAGGAGUUGUGUGAUGCGUUUUUGGGCACACACAAUUCUUCUGUGCCUCAAGGGGAGGCACAGGAGAAUGCAACCAACACAUCACAAAUGUAUUCAAUCUUCGAUCAAUUAAUGGAUAAUUGGGCAACACGUAACCAACACUUACCAACAACCUCAACAACUACAACUAGGCCAAUCCAAUUUGUGCCUCAAACAACAACAACAACACAACAAAAUGCAGCUAUUACCCAACAACAGCAACGACAACAUGUUGGUGGUCCGAUUCGUGCGCGAAGGCAACCCAGACAAAAUUCAAAUCAGGGUUGUUUCAUUUGCCACGCUUCGGAUCACUUCGCCAAAUAUUGUCCAGUAAAACAACCCUGCAGCAGCAACACGUUAAUGCAGCGGACAACAAAUCCCCCCAGCAACACACACAACCAGGACACCCAAACAGCAAUGCGAAGCGUUGCAACACAAUUAACAAGAAUGAGCCAGCAGUGGACAAACAUCCCUGCCAUUUCAGCAUUUCUACUUCAAAUGGCACAAUUCAUUCUUUUGGCAUUGGACGCUCCGAGACGACACUAAUUGGUGGCCGGGAGUGUUUCCAACAGAAAGAAAAUGUUUG